GCCAGCCAAGGGGAAACCCGAGGGGCGGGCAGGCGGGGCGGGAGCCGCCAUUUGAACGACGCGCCGGGAAGGGCGGUGCGGACCCCGGCCGGCGUCGCAGCGCGCGCCUCCGUGCGCCAUGGAGGGCGAGGGUCUCGGGGACGACGCGCUGCUGCGGAAGCUCAGGAACAGCCGCCGCAGCUUCCAGAGGCGCAUGCAGCAGCUGAUGGAGAAGUACAACCAGCCCUUCGAGGAUGCCCCGCUGGUGCACAUGUCCACGCUGACCUACGAGACGCCGCAGGGAUUGAGAAUUUGGGGUGGAGGACUAGUAAAGGAAAGAAACAAAAGACAAAUUCAGGACUUCCCUGUGAAGACGGUCAGCAGGAAGGACAGCCCCGAGCAAGCCCCCGCCAGAGGUCCCAAGCAACUCCGCACACGAGUCCUGGGAGUGGAUUCCAGCCACACUGAUGUUGAUGCAACUUUAUACCAGGAAGACCUGGUUGCUGGGGCCCUAAUGCCUGCAGUGCCUCGGAGCCCUUUGAAAAAUGAGUUAAGAAGGAAAUACUUGACCCAAGUGGAUAUACUGCUACAAGAUGACAGCUGUUUAGAGUGUACUGAUUUCAGAGACGGAAAGGAUACACCUGUCACCCUGCCCCCUGCAUUGGCCUCGCCUGCCCAUCCUGCCCAGGGACACUGUGCUGGUGUUUCUGGAAAGAGUCCUGGAAGCCCAGUGAAGCCGGCUUCAUCUGUGAGAGAGUUUAUUCCUUCACAUCCUUGCUCCACAGACCUGGCCGUUGUGCCUAGAAGUGAUAGUCUCUCCUUACAAGGGGCCAGUGGUGACAGCUUCUCAAGCAGCCAGUCCUUUGAGGCCGACAUCUGCAACGUGACGAUCAGCGACCUUUAUGCAGGCAUGCUACACUCGAUGAGCCGGCUCCUGAGUGUGAAGCCGUCGUGCAUCAUCUCCACCAAAACAUUCAUCGUUCAAAACUGGCACUCGAGGAGGAGGCACCGGUGCAAGAGCAGAAUGAACAAAACGUACUGCAGAGGCGGCAGGCAGCCCCGCAGGAGUUCCCAGGACGGCCUUUCCCUCUGUUCUGAGCCAGUGAAAGAGGUGGAAGCACUAAGAGACUGCAAGAACUUGCCGGAUGCUUUUGGCCAUAACACAGGUUUAAAAUUGAGAAAAGCUUUUCCUGAAGCAGACAAACCCCAAAUCCAUAAAUUAGAUACAAGUUGGAAGGAGCUUAAGGAAGCUCCCCAGACACUGACUUAUGUAGACUCCAGGGCUGUGCAUCAUCCUGAUCAGGAAAAUAGAUAUCUGACAUUAAAAUGGUUGAUUUCUCCUGUGAAAAUAGUUUCCAGACCGAGAAUACUGUCAGACAGGGGAGGGACUCAUUAUAGGGAGAUCGAACUCAGAUUUGAUAAGCUUCAUCAGGAAUAUUGCCUGAGUCCCCGGAAGCAGCCUGCCCUGGCUUACCGGCCCUACUCCUUGGCUAUGGAUGUGUACAGAGGAGGUCCUGCAAGCCCUGGGGUCCCCCGGGGGUUCGAAACCUACAGGCCAAGUAGACCUUCCAUCAGAGCAAAAGCUAAGAGGUUAAAUGAAGCUUUGGAAAACCUGGACCCAAGAGCCCCCGAAGUGGGCGGUCACCUGCCAAAGAGAGGUUCCUCUCCCUUGUCAUCAGAGACCGGCCCUGCGCAGGGCCUAGGCCGCUCUGAGCGGAUAGCUGACCUCUUCCAAGGGAACAGUCUCGGAAUAUUUAGAAAGUCACUAUCACCCAGAAAAGCUAUUUCAGUACCCAGGGCACAGUCUCCGGGCAUCAGAAGAGAUCGUUACGGUGAAAUCAAAGAAAAAUUUGACAAGCUUCAUCAAAAGUAUUGUCAAAAAUCCCCUGUGCAGAUGAAGGUGCCUUUAGGUACUGGAGCGUCUCUAGACAAAGCAAGUGUAGUUCAGUAUCAGAAAGAAGACUUUUUAGGAAAAUUUCAUCUGCACUCUGGCAUCCGUAAGUUGUCAUCAUCCCCCCAGCAGAGCACAAAAAGUCCCCUGGGUCUGACCCCAGUUGAGGUUCAUCCAUCUCCAUGCUUUGCGCUCACCGUCAGUCAGGGCCAUCAGUCCCCCGCCAAGAGAUGCCGAUUGUCAGACCCUCCGAUGUACGGGCAGCGGGCCAAUUCCCCGGAUUCUUCGUGUGUGCCGGGCAGAGCCCUCUCAAGGCCCGGGGAGGAGCCUGGCUUACAGCACAACUGGGAAGAGAAGAGAGAAGAGCAACCCAUCUUUCAGAAUGGAAGAGAAAAGUGAUUUUGUGUCAGAAAAAUUCAAAGGUGGAAGUCUACAGCCAAGUUAUUUUGGAGUGUGGCGCCUCUUCUUUCUUACUCUGUCGUGUGUGUUUUAAUUCUUCAAACCAUAUGAGAACAGAGCUUGUUUCACCUGUCUGCCCUUCAAAGCAAAUGUCAGUGCAAUGCAUUCCACUGAGAUGACACUGAGUUCUUGGUGUAGAAAUUAUUUGAAUAAAGUUGCUCAACUAAAA